GUUUGUGUCGUCAUGGACCACCAGGUUAGACCAGACUAGGGCUCACCACUGUAGUGACACAAAGCCCUCGGCUGUACGUUAUAGAUGUGGACGGCGGCAUGGAUAUAUAACCGCCGUGCCCCUGCGGCAUUUUCUUCCAGAAUCCUGGGUGGCUCGUGAGAUCUCUUCUGAACAAUUCCCUGCUACUUGAGCUGCAAUAUCACCUUUUAACAUCUCGCAGUCCACGCUCUCGACAGGUUUUGGCUUUAUGGAAUUGAUCCGGACACCCAUGGGUUCAACGUCCCGAGGCCCAACCCUCAACAAUGGGUUAAAUGGAGGAAACCGGUCAGUUUUGGUGUCUAAUAUGUCGCCUGACGACAUACAGACCUCUUAUGGAAGCUCUAGGUCACAUAACCAUAGGGGCGAAGUACACGACCAACUUUUAACUUCAAGGGCUGUAUCGUCUGCUUGUAGUAACAGAUACGACGAGGGCCAGUACCAACGAGGCCAAUACAGCAUCAGGUACGAAGACAAGGGACACCCGAACUACCGACGAUAUUCAGCCUCGGAGGAGCGCACUUUGACGACAGAGGUCUCUCCUUUCAGUAACAAGCACAACGAGGAACAUCGAGACAAGGAAAUCGACUCUCCUCCCUUGUACACCUCUUAUCCAAUGGGACCACCCCCGCUGCCAGCCAGUUAUCAUGCCCAGAAUGAGGAUAGCCACAGUUUCAGAAGUGACAAUGCUAAAUAUCGAGACGAGUAUCACCAAAGAGCUCUAGAGUCGCAGUUAAGAGCUAUUAACCAGCCCUCUUCCAGGUCAGAAUCAGGAUUUGGGGCCGCCCUCGAUAGACCUUUCCGUGUGCUUGCUCUUCCACAGAUAGACUACCGGGACGGAUCGCCCUUUCUGCGAGCAUACAGCCACGAGCUUCAGUUGUAUGGAGUCUCGGAGCAUGUUUUUUUCGAAGCCUUGGACGCGAUUAAUGUAGCUCGCGUUCCUAACCCAGAGAAUCAAGUCUUCCAGACAGGAGCCAAUAUUGCUAAAUUAUUUAUACCUGGAGGCGCCAAGCUUGGUCUCAUGGCUGGUCAGCUAGGUGUUGGGCUAGCAACCCGCAUUGGCCACUCAUCCCUGGUGGAUAGAGUCCUUUUAAAGAUCAACCUAGAGAUCUUUAUACCCAAUACUCUCGAAAUUUGUAUUUGCACCGCUAAAGAGGUCAACGCUGAGGUCGGCCUCUCCCCGAACGAGCCACGGAGAGAUUUCGUAUCUGGCCUUUCUCCGCAAGACAAAGUCACUACGUAUGGCGACCUUGUUGCCUCCUUGACUAGAGUUCUUCCGCCUGCUGAGAAUAUAGGUCGACAGGACUCAAUUGCUGGUCUUGGGAACUUCUUGAAUGGCCGCAGAACGAGGAAGAAGGUGGCAAAGGCAGAGAGACGCGACGCCUGGAAGAGGGGGGAGAACAAGAGGAUGAGCCAGCUUGAGUCCUCGCUCCAGUGGGUAAGUAGCAUAAGGAGCCAUUUUCCCUUUCUUCUUUAUGCCUUGUAGCCGGGCUUACAAGGUAUUCGCAGCUCAUGGUAAGACGUGCAUCACCUGGCACCGUGGAACAAUGGCAGAUGAUGCUGAGGCAAAGAAACCAAGAUUUGAACAAUGGUCAAGUACAUUAAUAGAUGUCUCCACGAGUGAACCCUGUAACCCCUGAGACUUCGACAACGUAAAGGCCUAAGCAAGGUCAAAAUGCUUGGGGCUCCAUGAGUCAUUCACGAUAGGAGAUCAGUAAAUUGAUAUCUCCGCCUUGUAUAAUUUGUAACUCCGCUCUUACG